UAAGACCUUCUCAUCGUUUAUCUCCCCCAAUUCUUCAUCCCCUUCGCCUUCAAGACACGAACAACCAAUCUGCCAGCCUCCAUUGUCUUUAGUCAUCAUCAUUAUCAUCGUCUUUAAGCAGCGCCACCCUCCACCGUCGUCGUCUCCCACCAUCAUCGUCAUAUGUUCCAUCCAUCACCACCAUCAUGUUCAAGCAGUCACCGGUCCUCCACCGCAAUCGUUUCCACAACAUCUGUCGUCUCACCUAUCUCGGUUCUUUCUGUACCUCAUCCUAUUGAAGCCAAAUUGAUUGGUUCGAGGACAUUCUCCAGCCAUAAGAACUCACAUGGUAGAAGUUCAGCUCAAAAGGAUAAUCAUAAAAACUGUGCUUCUAUUAUUCCAAGUUUAACCAGAAAGGGAACACAUGUCCAUAAAUUGCAAUCUGAAGACAUUUCUACCAUGACAACUUUGAUGUUAUACAAUGCAAAUAAUGGAUUUUUCACACAGGCAGAUUCCAUAUGGAAUGAAAUUAUAAACAGUUGUUAUAAUCUUGAUAUUCACACAGUUUUGGGCCUAAUUGAUGCUUACAUUGAACGGAGGCUUUUUGAUGAAGUAAUCCAAAUUAUACAUCAAAUUAGUCUCAGGCAUCCUCAAUUACAACACCAAGUUUAUGCACACACCAUAUCUUGUUUUGGUAAGAUAGGAGAGCUUGAAGUAAUGGAGAAUACAUUAAAAGAUAUGGUCUCAAAGGGAUUUCUUGUUGAUUCUGUUAUGGGUAAUGCUUAUAUCAUGUAUUAUAGUCGUUUUGGUUCAAUACCCAUGAUGGAAAAUGCUUACAAACGUCUAAAAAGCUCAAGACUUUUGGUUGAAAAAGAUGGGAUUAGGGCAAUUUCUCUUGCUUAUAUAAGGGACAAAAAGUUUCAUAGUUUAGGUAGCUUUUUAAGGGAUGUGGGUCUUGGUAGGAGAAAUGCAGGAAAUCUUCUUUGGAACUUAUUGUUAUUGUCAUAUGCUGCAAAUUUUAAAAUGAAGAGUUUACAAAGAGAGUUUUUAAAUAUGUUGGAAGCUGGAUUUGAACCUGAUUUGACCACUUUUAAUAUUCGAGCUGUGGCUUUCUCAAAGAUGUCUUUGUUUUGGGAUUUGCAUUUGAGCCUUGAACAUAUGAAACAUAAUGGAAUUUUCCCGGAUCUUGUGACUUAUGGUUGUGUUGUUGAUGCGUAUUUGGAUAGGAGAUUAGGGAAAAAUUUGGACUUUGCUUUGAGGAAAAUGAAUGUGAAUGAUUCGGGUGUUGUGUUAACGGAUGAUCUUGUGUUUGAGGUGUUGGGGAAAGGUGAUUUUCACUCUAGUUCGGAGCCACUUUUGGAGUUUAACAGAGGGAAGAAGAGGUGGAGUUAUAAGGAAUUGAUUGCAACUUAUGUUAAGAAAAAAUAUCGGAGUAAUCAAAUCUUUUGGAAUUACUAAUUAGUAAUGACGAUAAUACCCCUUGUAUAUUCUCUUAUAUUUGCUCUAGUUAUAAAAACCAUUCUAGUUUUUCUUUUUGAUAAA